AUGAUGGACAUGAAAAUAGCGAAUCGGUACAAACUGGUCAAGAAGCUCGGCAGUGGGUCCUUUGGUGAUAUCUACUUAGGUGUGAACACAUUUAAUGAAGACGAGGAGGUAGCGAUCAAGAUGGAGUCGACGAAAGCUCGAUGCCCACAGCUUCGGUAUGAGUACAAUUUGUAUAAGAUUCUCAUGGAGAAUGGGGAGACUGGAACCAAGAGUGUAGGGAUACCUACAGUGAAGUGGUGGGGUAUGCAAGAUGAGUGGAAUUUGAUGGUGAUGGAGUUACUUGGUCCUUCCUUAGAGGACUUAUUUACGUAUUGUGGGAGGAAGUUUACACUGAAGACAACACUGAUGUUGGCGGACCAGUGUAUUAAAAGAAUCCAAGAGGUCCACGACCGGUUUUUUAUUCACAGAGAUAUCAAGCCGGACAACUUUGUGAUGGGGAUGAAGGAGAUGUCGAACACGGUGUAUGUCAUUGAUUUUGGAUUAUCGAAGAAAUAUAGAGAUAAUAAGACGAUGAAACACAUCAAAUAUGCUGAAGAAAAGGCUUUUGUGGGAACAGUCCGUUACGCCUCUAUUAAUAAUCACAAAGGAAGAGAACAAAGUCGACGAGACGAUUUGGAGGCACUCGGAUAUAUGUUCGUCUACUUCAUGAAGGGGAGUUUGCCGUGGCAAGGAAUCAAAGGCAAAAAGGGGGAUAAGAAUGCACUUGUGUUGCAGAAGAAAGAGAACACGCCAUUGAGUGAGUUGUGUGAAGGAUUACCUGAGGAGUUUGCAACUUAUUUGGACACGUGCAAAAAACUGAGCUUUGACCAAACGCCGGACUAUUUACAACUGCGUAUGUUGUUCUGGAAAAUAGCGAAGAGAGAGGGAAUCGUGUUUGAUGGCAAAUUCGACUGGACUGGGUUUAAAGGACAGAAGAGUGAAGACAGACCACCCGAAGUUGUUACUGCUGUCGAGAAAAAUGACUCAGUCGAUAGCAGAAGUGGUAGUGGAAGUAAGGCGGGAAGUAAAAGCAGAAGUCAGAGCCUAAGUGGGUCUGUCGAAUAA